UUGUCGCCUGGUUACGGGAGCUCAAUGGUCAGGGAGAGCUAGCCGGCUAGCAGCGUCUCUCAAUCCUUUCUCUCUUUGUCACGGUAUUCAUAUCUACCGUCGGCUCCUUAGCAGAAAGAAAAUUAUAGGGAUUUGAAGGAACAUGAAGGUGCAAAGUAGAGACAGUCACGAAUGGUGAAGAUAGAAUGCAGAGUUCUCAACUUGUUUUCUGUUCACUUAUUGAAAGCUGCACAUUUAUGGCGUUUGUCAGUGUGAGUGGAGACUUCUGCCAGGCACAGCACCUGGUCAUUGUAGACAAGUGAACAGAGGGCCUGCCGUAUGAAGAUUAUACUACCUGACUGCCCGUCUUAAAUUCUGCACUUUCGGGGAGCAUCUUUUUUUGUCCAGAGUUAAAGUGUAUGAAUCGGUUUGAGCCAAUCCAGGUACUAGAGAGCGAAUCGUUGUUCCUUCUCUCUAGUAUCAACUGAUCAUCUCUCCUCUCCUGAAUGGGGUAAUUAUAAAUUGCAAAUCAGAAGGAUAGUUCCCUUCUUUAGUUUUUAUUUUAAAACCGUGGGAGCGUGAAAGUUCUUUCCUUCUCCUGUUUCCCUUUUUUUUGGAGAGAUUUGCCUCAGUCAAAUUGCUUAGAUAUUUUGAAAUCAUUAUUUCUACCCCUGUAGAAGAUUCAGAAGUUGUUUUUUUCCAUCAAGUCCAAUUCAAUUUGAGUGUCAAAAUGAAUCGCCCUGCUCCUGUUGAGAUCACCUACGAAUGCAUGAGGUUUCUCAUCACCCACAAUCCCACCAAUUCACAGCUGGUCAAGUUUACAGAGGAAUUGAAGAGUUUUGGAGUGCAGACGCUUGUCCGGGUUUGUGAUGCAACGUAUGACAAAACACCAGUGGAAAAAGAAGGCAUUGAAGUUUUGGAUUGGCCUUUUGAUGAUGGUAGUUCGCCCCCUGACCAAAUUGUUGAUGACUGGUUGAACCUUCUCAAAUGUAAAUUUAAAGAUGAACCAGGCUGUUGCAUUGCAGUACAUUGCGUUGCUGGAUUGGGACGAGCUCCUGUCUUGGUGGCCAUAGCCUUAAUCGAAUGCGGGAUGAUGUACGAAGAUGCUGUCCAGUAUAUUCGUCAGAAAAGGCGUGGGGCUUUUAACGCCAAACAGCUUAUGUACCUUGAAAAAUACAAACCCAAGAUGCGCCUGCGCUUCAAGGAUGCCAAUGGUCAAAACUGCUGCAUUCAGUAAAUAAACAUUCAUCCAAAGGAUCUUUGGAAACUAUUGACAUAAUUACUAUUGUUAGUGUUGUUAUGAGCCGUUUUUGUUUGAUAUAUUGGACCAGGAUUUUGCUGUACUACAGUGCCAAGCACACAAACAGGUUACGCAGUAUUAGUGUUUUUUUGACCUAACAGUCAAGCCAAUCUUGUAAACUCACAGGCAAAUCGGGGUCUCACUAGUGAUGUUUUUCAUUGGUACACAUUGGUAUAAUGAUUGACUGCAGUUGUUAGUGUUUUAUGCCCUGUGUAAAACUAGGUGUCCCCAGUUUUAUGGAUUGUGUAACAACAUCCUGCAGUGAUCGGCAUCCUGCAGUAAGUGAACUUGCUUUGUUGGUGCUUCUCUUGAAGUCUGUCAGCUUCUCCAAAAUCACAUGGGCACAACUACUGUAUCUGAUGUUAUAGAUAUUAAACAUUCCAAGAGAUUCACAGCACUGUUGGACACUAGAUUAUGGUCAUCAGUAAAAAGGAAAUCCUAGAUAGUCCAAUCAACAAAACUUCCUCUCCAAACUGAUUGUGAAAUGAGUCAAAUUCAAAUAAUAAAAAUCAAAUAAUUUUA